AUGGAGGACCUGGUGCGAGAGCUCACAAAGCAGAACAUUGCGCUGCAGCUGGCGCUCGCCAAAACGUCGUCGCCCUCCGAGCCCGAGCCCGCUCUGCUUGGACCCGCCUUUGCGUGGCUGCACCCGGUCAAAGCGCGGCUGAGCGCGGCCGAGAAGGCCAAGAAAGCCCUGCGACGCGUGCUUGUCAAGGCCGUGCGUCGGCGCCUUCUUCGCGUUGCAAUGGCCUUUGGUCUCUGGCGCGCACGCAGUGCGAGCCGACCCGUGUCCAAGAUUCCCGUUCCCCUCGGCGGACGACGCAAGACAGCACCGCAGCCGACUGCGCUGCCGCCGACUGCUGCUAGCCACAUAGAGAAGACGCCCAAGGAGCUCGUGUACACGCUCUCGAAGCAACUCGACACGCAGCGCGUGCUCGUGACGGCGCUCAGUCGGCAAAAGGCGCGCCUCGAAGCCGACGCGACCGCGCAGACGGCAGCGAUUGCGUCCCUGGAAGCGUCGCAAGCAACGCUACAGCGCCAAAUGUCGCGGCUCAUCAAGGAAGUCCAAAGCCUCCGUCGACCCGUACGACGGGACCCGCCAACUGUGCCGCCCUUGAGCACUGCCGCGCAGCAGAUUCUCAAGACCACUCGCCCCAAGUUCAGCAACCAAGAGCUCCACGAUCGUUUGGACGAGCUCAUGGAGCCACUGGACUUGGACCCGGCCACGGACGCAGCGUCGAGUAGUAGCAUGCAGCCGUCGCCACCCACCGACGGUCCCAAAACGCGGUUCCUCGGACGUCGCUCCAGCUUUGCGUUGCGCGAGUAG